GGCAACGAGCAAGGGCACUAUGGGAACCAAUGCCCGCACCGAGAUGGCCUUGCAAGUCGUUCGUCGACGCCUACCGACUCAAGAAGAUCUCGCUCGCCAAUGAGGCACGAGCCCAGGAGAUACUCGCCCCUGCAGAAGGAAUCAGAGCUGCGGGAUAAGAUCGUGGAAUUGUCGAAGGGUGUGGCCUCGAUUAAGGAACAUUUUGACGAAGUUAAAGCGAAGAAGGAGGAAAAAACCUGUAAGAAAUGGGAGAAGGAGCAGCUGAAGGAGAAAGCAAGACGAAGGGAGGAAGAGGGAGAGUUACAGAGAGCAGCAGAAACGGCUAGGCAUGAAGCGAAGAAGAAGAAGAAAGAGGAGAAGGCGAAGCAAGAUGCUCUAUUGAGAGACGAAAUGAAAAAAUAUGUCACUGUAACACUACACGCACUGGUGAUGAUGAGUGAAAUUAAAGAUGAUUGGUUACAUCAGUGGAAGAUGUCGUCAUUACCGACGCUUACAGGCGGGGUUAAGGAUGCUAAGGGGAAGAAGAAAGUUGAGUUCAUCUCGGAAGAUGAAGCGGAGUCCGAUUACAAUACUGAAGAGAGCGAAACAAGCGUAGCGCAUGAACUGAGUGAGAAAACACAAAGGUUAUGCCUAUCGGAGAAGAGGAAGAGGGAGGACGGCUUGAAGACGGAUGAUAGCCCGCCUAUAGAACAACCGGCUAAAAGGACACCUCGUCGACCGGGACUGAAGCUGGGAGUUUCCAACACAAGGGUAACAAGGUCGAAGAUGAAGGAGAAGGUCAUACGCACACUCAACCCGACCAGGAACAGGACACUGGUGAAGACAUCUCUGUCUAAGGCGGGGAAGUCUAACACGAAAAAGUCACCCCAAGCGACAAAUUGACAUCGGCCAGUAAUAGACUGAGAUUUCAGGAUGCUAUCAUCAG